AUGACACAGGACUUUCCAUCUCGAAUCAGUUUCUGGAAUGAAUUUGACCAGGAAGUUGACAUUUUUGUAGAAUAUGAGUGGAAGCCCACUAUCUGCACGAAUUGCUCUGGCUUAGGACAUGAAGCUCACAUAUGCAGGAAGAGUAAGUCAGUCAAGCAGGAAUGGGUUCCUAAACAAAGGGUCUCAUCACCAAAUGCAAGUAAAGCUAAUGUGGAUGCAGAAGGAUUUCAACCAGUUACCAAAGGAGUUAAGAUACAGGAAUCUAUAGCCAAUCAAACGAGUGUGAAUAACAAAUUUUGUCUGCUGGAAGGGGAUCCUGAGAUAGAACUGUUACAGAGGAGAGACUUCAAUGAGAUUCUUUCACUACAAGAUAGAAUAGGCAAAAAGAUUACCACUAAGAUUUCAAGUAAAUUUCUAGACUGUCUGACAUCUUGUCAUUUGGAAGACUUGAAAUUUUCAGGGUGCUUUUAUACAUGGAACAACAAGCAGAGAGCAGAGGAGAAGGUGUAUUCAAAGAUCGAUAGAGCUUUAGUUAAUCCACAAUGGAUCGAUCAUUUUCCUAAUUCAGAGGUUGUCUUCUUACCAGAAGGGAUUUUUGACCAUAGUCCAAUUCUGGUUCAUGUUACUUUAGAGAUGCAAUUGGAGAAGAAGCCAUUUAGGUAUUUUCGGAUGUGGAAAGAAGCACCUGGUUAUGAAGGCAAAAUCCAGACCAGCUGGAACUUACCAGUUGCUGGUACCCCAAUGUUCCAAGUUGUAUCUAAGCUGAAAAGGUUGAAACAGGUGCUAGUGAGUAUAAAUAGAGAGGGUUUUUCUGACAUUCACCAGACAGAAUUUAAGGCGGGACUACUAUUGAAGGAACUUCAGGAAAAAUUGCAGAAGGAUCCACUCAAUGAUAGGUUGAUUACUCAAGACCAAUUGGCUAGAGAACAAGAUGGUUAA